AUGGUACAAACUACUAUAUACUUAUCUUUUCCUAACAUUUUCAUAUUUACUAUUUUAGUAUGGAUAUGCCAGAAUUCCUAUGAAUCAAAUAACUCUGGAAAAACAUGCCAUAAGAAAACCAACCUAAAUAAUGCACCAAAUGCAAGAGUAAGCAGGAUAUUGAUUGGUGAAACUGAUGUAAAUUUUCAACAGAAAUACUUAACCUUGAAAGAAAAAGCAAUGCAUUUACUGGAUGAAGACGAUGAUCAUUUUGCUAAUAAAUUAAAUGCAUUAAUACAAAAUUUCGGUUUACAAGAAAAUUAUAAAAAAGGAGUGUAUAAUAACAGUUUUCAAAAACCAUCAAACUCAUUAAAAUAUAGAGAUAAUUCCAAAAAAUCGCAUUACGAUUCAAUGACAUUUGAUAGUGAUUUAGAAAGCCUAAGUGAUCUAUCUACAUAUGAUGACACAGAGGAAACAUCUCAAGAUUCAUUAUAUUAUGAUAGUAGUAUUGAUAAUAUUCAUCAUAAAACAGGAAGUGGAAAAUUAAAUGAGAAACGUAUUCCUAUGAAAAAUUAUGAACAAAUAGAACCAAAAAAAACAUCAUCGAUAAGUUAUCGUUUAAAGAAAUUCGAUAAAAAUUACGAAAAUAAAGUAGCAAAAUUAUUGAAUACUAAAUAUGAUAGCUUACAUAAAAUUUCACAUAAAUCUACAGUAUCUCUUUUUAAAAUAAUACUUCCUGUUAUAAAGCCAAUUUUGGUAUCUAUUGCUAUGAUAUUUACGUUUAUGAUGAUGCAGAAUACUUAUGGUAUUUUUUUAUCAAUUCUAGUAUUUAUUUUUUGUAUAGCUUAUGUUACCUAUAAAUAUUUUAAACUUAAUGGUUUGAAGUAA